AUGACCACAGCAAUCCCCGAAGAAAAUAAAGUGGUCUACAACUUCCUGGGUCGCUCCGGAAUCAAGGUGUCAAACAUCAGUCUCGGGUGUGCAACGUUCGGCGACGUGACUUGGGGAUGGCCAGGGCAAACAAACGAAGAAGCCUCACACCAGAUCAUCAACCGGUACGUCGAGUGGGGAGGCAACUUUCUGGACACCGCUGACAUCUAUUCUCUAGGGAAGUCAGAAUCUAUCAUAGGCACAUGGCUAGAGAGACAACCCAGAGACAUGUUUGUGAUCGCCACCAAAGUUCGAGGAAACAUGGGCACAGAGCAGAACGUCAACAACGUAGGACUGAGUCGUCGACACAUCACCGCCAGCAUCGACAACAGCUUGAAAAGACUUCGCACAGACUAUGUCGAUCUCUACCAGAUCCACGCCUGGGACGACGGGACCCCGAUAGAGGAAACCCUAAGGGCAGUAGAUGACCUAGUCCGUGUAGGUAAAGUCCGUUAUGUGGGACUCAGUAACGUCACUGGGUGGCAGCUUCAGAAAAUCGUGGACACCUCUGAGCGAUACGGCCUCAACUCUAUAGUUAGUCUACAGCAACAAUACAGCCUGGCAAGUCGGGACUCGGAACUGGAGGUGUUCCAGGUCAGCAAAAGCGCCGGUAUUGCUGUUCUUCCUUGGAGUCCGCUCAAAGGCGGCUUGCUAACGGGCAAGGUCAAGCGUGGAGUGAAGCCAACAGAGGGCAGACUGGGAUCUGUGGCUGCAAACACCGCCAUCCCCUCGCAGGCCGCCCCACACUGGAGCACUUUUGAUGACAAGACAUUCGACAUCAUCGAGACAGUGGAAGUCAUUGCCAAGAAGCGAGGACGUAGCAUCCCUCAGGUGGCGCUCCGUUGGUUGCUCCAAAAAGACAUAGUUCCAUCAGUCAUCAUCGGAGUCAAGACCCUGGCUCAACUAAACGACAACAUGCUGGCCGCUAAUGGCUGGAGCUUGACCAAGGAGGAGAUGAAACAACUGGAUGACGUUUCUAGGCCAGACCUACCCUACCCCUACGACAUGGUGUUUUCUGUGAAUGCUGACAGGGUGAAUCCUAGAGCCAACAAUUUUUAUGUCAGUUCAGUCGCUGAUUAG